AGACCUGUCCCCUCCCACGACGUCACACGGAUCCUUUCCUUCCUGCUUGCUUGCUAGCUUAGCUUCAGCUGUUGGCUCUUGGCUGUCCAAGUGGUGCAUUUGUGAUCCUCCAGCUAUCCCUUAACGAAAUCGGGUCGUAUUUUACAAUAGUUGUAGUAACAAAAGCUGCGACAUAUAGACCAGGUACUUAUUUCAGAAAGGCUUUCGAACCUCUGGGACAUGGCCAGACAAGAGCAAGUCCUCCAGCUUGAGCCACCACACGAACUGAAAUUUAGAGGUCCAUUUACAGAUGUCGUCACGGCCACCCUGAAGCUAGGCAACCCAACAGACAGAAAUGUGUGUUUUAAAGUGAAGACGACAGCGCCUCGUCGAUACUGUGUCCGUCCAAACAGUGGCAUCAUUGACGCAGGCACUUCCAUCAAUGUAUCUGUUAUGCUACAGCCUUUCGACUAUGAUCCCAAUGAAAAGAGCAAACACAAAUUCAUGGUGCAGUCCAUGCUUGCUCCAUAUGACAUGACUGACAUGGAAGGGGUGUGGAAAGAGGCAAAGCCAGAGGAGCUGAUGGACUCCAAGUUGAGAUGUGCAUUUGAGCUGCCAUUAGAGAAUGACAAAACUCAUGACAGUGAAAGCAACACAAAUGUGUCCUCUACCCCCAUAAAGUCAGAGCUCUCCUCACUCCCUAAGUCUGCCAGCUCCUCCCUGGAUGACGGCGAGGUGAAGAAGAUCAUGGAGGAGUGCAAGAGGCUGCAGAUGGAGGUCCAGAGGCUACGGGAAGAGAACAAACAGAUCAGGGAGGAGGAUGGUCUGCGGAAGAGGAAGGUCACGUCCAUGGCGUCCUCUCCCCACUCAUCUUCCUCACAGGCCAUGAUAAGGGAGGAGGGCCUGAGUACCCGCGUGCUGGCGCUCUGCGUGCUGUUCUCCGUCAUCGGUGUCAUCAUCGGGAAAUUGGCCCUGUAGAUGUAGCCAGCGGCAGCAUGCUCGGAGGACCGAAAAAAAACAACAACAAUGGGAUGUGUACUUGUUUUUUUGCAUAAUGCAAUAUCACAUGGGUUUAUUUGAGUUGUGAAAUUAUUUACCAUAAAAAAGCAAAGGUAAUCUAGUGAAAUAAUGAAAAGAACCGGUCACGAGUCGUCUUGCCUUUUAAUCACUGUAUUUUCCAUCCCUACUUGCACAGAUACAAUACAAAUCAUUGUGUGGGGAUUGGGGAAAUUGCAACGUUGUGUUCUAUAAGCAUCAAUGAUAGCAAUGUGUUCCAGCAAGGUCAAGGCUUUUCCUACAGCAGAACUAAUGUGACUGAGUUCUAUGACAUUGUGUGAAUGUUUUAAUCACUGCUUUUUUAAGGCAAGGAGACCGAGAGGCUGCCGGUGAAUUUUAGCAUGAAGGGGGGUAAUUAUGUAAAUCCUGUCAUCCAACUGAUUCCUGUAUGAAACAUAAAAUGGAUUUUGGGGGGGGUAACUGAAAAAUAAAAUGUUAACCAUAAUUUUGUCCAAGACAGACCCCUGUCCAAUGCAGUAGGUUGCUUUUUAUUUUUUAUAAUCAAUUAGAUUAAAAACACAUUUCUAUCACAGAAUAUGUACUGUCUCAUAGUGCUGCAGUGAGUUAGGUCUACACAUUUUAGUGUGUAAUUUAGUGACAGUCUCUGAGGUGAAGGCACAGAAUUGGUGACUUGUAAUUUGGUCAAAGCCCCAGCCUGUGAAGGAUGUCUUCAGGAUCAGUAUGUGGGUGGUGCCUUUUGCAUCUCUGAUAUUUUAAGUAAAAAUGUUGCACCAAUAUUGAAUUUUAAGUCUUGUUAUAUUAAAUUAAGUGCCCUUUUACAUAGACCACAUUAAUUCAAUAAAUCUGUUGUUUUUUGCAUGAAUUAAGGAUUGCUAAAUUGCCCAAAUUCUGAAUUUUGACAUCCCUCCGUCAACGCUGACACUUCUAGGAAGAUUUUACUGCACUUAGGCCUAGAUUCAAUUCGAUCAAGCGUUAACAGGCAAUAGCCGACACCCGCAUUUCUGAUGUUGUGGCGGUAACCGAGGUGUAACUGUUGGAGCCGCUCUUCUGAUCGUUCAGAAGCCACAACUGCCAAAUUCUCUAAAAUGACGUUGGAGGCGGCUUAUGGUAGAGAAAUGAACUAAUUCUAUGGCAACAGCUCUGGUGGACAUUCCUGCAGUCAGCAUGCCAAUUACACACUUGUGUUAGAAGUUCAGAACGAGAAAGUGUAGACUAUAGGGUGAAGAAGUGAGAUACUUUUUUUCAUAUCUGUGUUCUGUAACCUUUUUCAACAUCUAUCCAACAUAUCUCAACACGUGAUACAUUCCUGAAAUCCUCAAGAUGUUCCCUAAUCACCCAAAAAACAAAACAAAUUCAUUCAUAUUCACAGGAGGCAUGACAUUUGUGUACAAAACCAUAUUUUCAGUUUGCAUUUGGUAGACUGGGACACCAUUAUUAUAGUCCUAAUUGUACCCCAAUGACAAUUCAAGUACAUUUUGUGUGAUUAGGAAACAUCUGAGGAAUUCAGAAAUUCAACAUAUUAGCCCAACAGAUGAUGAACAGAUGUCUGAAGCAGUUACAGAAGAUGUAAAUGCAAAAAGUGUCCCACUUUUUCUGAAAUCACUCAAAUAACAGUACAAUACAUUUUUUUUACAGGAUAUAGUACUACACGAACCAGAACCUUGCCUAACCUAAGUACAGGGGUUCCCUAAUGUAAAUUGGAUCCAUUUCCUCCAUUGGAAUAGCUUAUAAGACUGUCCCACUUUAGCUACUCCAUGCUGUCCUACUUUAGUUAGCUAUAGUUGGUAAAACAGGACAACUAAAAACAUGACUGAAUUACAAAAUUUAAACAUAAUAUUGGCAAUUUUUUAAAUGUAUUUUGAUGCAUCAGUACAUAGUAUGCACAUUGACAUCAGAAUUUGGCACUGCGUUAUUUCUGGUCGUUUUAGAACCUUAACGUCAAAACAGAAAAAAUGAAGUGAUGUGAUUUUGAUCAUGUGGUUUCUCUGCAAGGGCUUAGUAACAUUAGUUUUGAUUUGCUCUUGUCAGACCAAUAAAUAAACAUGUCAGGAUUA